AUAGUGGCUAAACACAAAGCUGAAAAAGCCAAAGCCAAAUCUCUCCGUACCUUAAGGACAACAACAAACAUUAACAAAACUUAAGAAAAGAAAAACAGUUUUUUUUCUGGUUUGUUAUUUUUGUGUGCAUUUUUCUAAAUAUAUAAAUAUUUAGAAAAAUGCAAAUAUUUUUUAUCAAUGACCUCAUUGUCGCUUUAUUUUAAGGUUAAGGUAACUGCAUCAGUCUUUUAUAAUGUCCUAUUUUCUGUGUUGUCUCAGGCCAGACUCUCCAUUCAGGUUUCUCUUUGUUUCAUUCCCGUUCCUCAAAGCUUCGCUCAUCUCUUCAUCUCUGGGUAUCAGACGGGCAAAUACUCAUUAUGUUCUUGCAAAAAACUGAAAAAACGUGUAAUAUCGUAACAACUGUCUAGCUUUCUGGUUGGCUGAGGUUAAAGAACAUCUCUCAUUACCUUUUCUGUCACCUUCCCAAAUGAAGCGCUGAACAGCUCCUAAAAAUUAAAACCCCAAAAAUGUUGCAUUCAACAGCAACAACUCUAAUGUCCCGCCUGCGAACGCCUGCGUGUGUCACUCAACAUGAAGUCUCUAAAUCUCCUUCACAAACACUUGAGUCAUCGGGUUAAUUACCCGCUAACGAGAUUCCCCUCGUUGAGCCCUUUGAGAAGCAAUCUGUAAGGGACAGUCGGGUCUGUUGGAGAGCGGAGGAAGUCUGGAGGACGGAAGGCGACAAAGAAGAGGCUGAAACGAGCAAACGAAACGUCAUUUUCUCCCGUGAGCGACACACGGCAACCACAUCCGGCGGGGAGAGUCUUCUUCUUCUUCUGUUUCUUCUUGUUCUCUCUGUUUUUCUGAAGCUCUGUGGGAUUGUCCGGUCGAGGCGGAGGCCAUCUGCCCGGAGCUUUAUCGGGAUUCUACACUGUGACCACCUGGUCGGUCUCAAUCUGAGUUAUAGCCGCCGUGCGUGCGUGUGUGUGUGUGUCCUGAGUUUGUCCCAUCGGCGCAACACAACAUGAGCGAAGGACGAAACAUUUCUAGGUCCACCCAACAUCUGGUUGAGAAGUAGGGCCGGUGGUCGUUCCCUCCCGUCCCGGCUCCCGCCGCCGCAUGGAGUCUGUGCUCAGGGUGAGAAACUGGCUGAGGACGCCCAUCGGGAGGCUGACGAGCUGGGGGUCAAAGGUGAAGGAGAGGAAGCUGUGUGCCAAACGCAGGAAGAAGAGGGGCAGGUUUUGGAGAGGAAGGGGACGAUGCCACCGGUUUGGGAGGACCCCUCCUCCCCGAACAGCGCAGCCCAAAGACCUGUCAAUCAUCUGCUCGUACGAGAAGGACCUGGAGAAAGAAAGAAAGCUCCGGGAAGCAACGAACGCUCAGAAGAACGCAGAGAGAGCCGCUAUGAGAGCUCACUUCAGGAGAAAAUAUCAGCUGUCUGAGAGCACCAGGGACACAAACCACCUGAAAUCUGUUGGAGGAAAAGUGUCUCUCCCCCGCGAGUUGUCGAAGAUCAUUCAUUCUAAUUCCAAAAGUAAGGACAACGGCUUUAACCUGCUGAGCGCCUUCCAAGGCCUCGGCUUUGGCACGGAGGAGCUCAAAGGAGGGAAACGCAGCAGGACGUCCACUCCUGCACCAGCAGCCUGCAGAGUCCAGUGAUCGCCGUGUGAUCGGAGGGGCGACGGAGGCACCGCCCCCUCAGGGUGCCACUUCAACAUCUUACAUACAAACUCUUGUUACACAAUCAUGUCAUCUGAGGACUAUUCUUGUCUUAUUACACUAAUAUGCCAGAUUAUUUUAUAAUCUUGUAUAAGAUGAGCUAAAUAUAAAUUGAACUGAUCAAACCUGCAGAUGAUGAAUUCUCUGAUAAUAAUCUGAUGAAUACACCAGCAGGGAAAGUUACAUCACAAGCGGUGUUGUUUUGCAUUCUAAAUGGUCCCUAAAAAAUGGGAUUGGACGAUAAUUGUUAAUUAUUACCUUAACGAGUUGUUGUCUUCUCCCCAUUUAGAGCCUAGUUUUGUUUGUGUAAUAUUUAUUAUUUUAUUCCAUCUAUAAACUAGCUAGUUUUGUUGUACUGUAACUUCUCUCUAAAUGACAGAUCCAAGUGAUCUGUUCACAAGUAAGGAACCUCAGGGAAACACAUUUCAUCACACAUUGACACAAAUCAGUUAAAAGUGCUCAUUUUGUAUGAUUUUGUAUGAUUGUAUGUCUCUUUGUAAAUGAUCUCUAAUCUAUAUCACAUGUAAAUAAAUUGUUGUUUGAAGCUACAUUUGAUAUAGAUUUGAUAUAAUAAGCUCAAUAUUGUAGAGAGAAAAGCAAUUAGUUUCUUAAUUAGUCAUCUGCUGCUUACGUUUUUUUUUCAAACAAGAAGCAGAAAAAAAAAGCACCCAAACUGAUAGACAGUCAUGGUCUCUUUAUUAUUUUCUCCACUUGCCAUGACAAAAAAAACGUGUAAUAAAGACAUCUUUGACCAGCUGGA